AUGAGACCUUUGACCGAAGAAGAAACCAAGGUUGUUUUCGAAAAACUCGCUAACUACAUCGGAAGAAACAUAUCAUUUCUUGUAGAUAACCAAACCAAUCCUCAUGUCUUCAGAUUGCAAAAGGAUAGAGUGUAUUACAUCCCAGACCAGGUGGCCAAAUUUGCCACUUCUGUAGCUAGACCACAAUUGAUGUCAGUGGGAACAUGUUUCGGGAAAUUUACCAAGACUGGCAAGUUCAGAUUACACAUCACCGCAUUACCGUACAUGGCCCAAUACGCCAAGUUCAAGGUUUGGAUUAAACAAAAUGGUGAGAUGCCUUUCCUUUACGGGAACCACGUUUUGAAGGCACACGUUGGAAGAAUGUCCGACGAUAUUCCUGAGCAUGCUGGUGUCAUAGUUUAUUCUAUGAGUGACGUCCCAUUAGGGUUUGGUGUUUCCUCCAAGUCUACCAAUGAAGCCAGAAACUUGCAGCCCACGGCUAUAGUGGCAUUUAGACAGGGAGAUAUUGGUGAAUACUUGAGAGAGGAAGAUACCUUGUUUACCUAA